GUGUUGAUGUUUCAAACGUCAUUCACCAUGUGCAAGAAAUUUUUGUUUUGAGGUGUUUUGAUAAGAAAUUCAUUAAAAAUCACUGGAAAUCCUUAGUAAAUCCUUGAGAAAAUGAAUUCGGAGUUGUUUUUUGUUGACAAAAGUGGCGAGCCUUCUAAGCCUCGGAAGAAGACCCCAAAGAUUGAGAAAAAUGUUCAGGAUGGGCAGGAAAACAUAGUUGUGGUGAAUCGGGAGAUACCCUUUGGUAAGUUUAAGCGAGGGGGGAAAUUCUCUGGGGGUAAAUUUGGUCAAAAAGGGCAGAAAGUGCGGCGGAAGUUUGUCAGGAAGUAUCCUGGGCCGGCUCCUAUAGACAAGGAGGCCGUUGAGAGGCACUCCAGGGGCUCGGGGGCUGAUGCCAAGGGUGUUCAGACGUCAUUCCACCAGGCCAAAUUGAAGAGGAAGGAAGUGGUUUAUGAAUUUGCUGCUGAACAAGCGGCGCGGACGGAGAUUCUGUUGAAGGAAAAUGAGGGCUUUAUAGAGCCCGAUGAGGGGGAGGAGACGGCAGAGUACACCCAGGGAGAGAUUGUGGCUAAUGUGGACAUCACAGCUGCCACAAAAUCUUUCGAAUUGAAGUUGGAUUUUGGGGGAUAUCGGAUGAAAUACACGAAAAACGGGCGGCAUUUGUUACUUGGGGGCCGGAAAGGGCACAUUGCAGCGAUGGAUUGGGUCCGGAAGCAGUUACACUGUGAGACAAAUGUGAUGGAGGAGAUUGUGGAUGUGUCGUGGCUGCAUCUGGAGACGAUGUAUGCCGUGGCACAGAAGCAAUGGGUGCAUUUCUAUGAUAAGAAAGGGACAGAAUUGCACGUAGUUAAGCAACUUUAUCGGGUCAAUCGAAUGGAAUUCCUUCCGUAUCACUUCCUCCUGGCCACGGUGUCGGACAUUGGGUACCUUUCGUGGCUGGAUGUGUCAAUUGGGGAAAUUGUGGCGAACUUCCAUUCGAAUUGCGGAAAAAUUCGGGCAGUUUGUCAGAAUCCCUAUAAUGCCCUGCUGUGCCUGGGCGGCUCAAAGGGCGUAGUGAGCAUGUGGGCACCUUCCCAGCCCCAAUCAGUAGCCAAAAUCCUCUGUCAUCCCUCCCCAAUCUCAGCAAUAGCCACAGAUUCCACCGGGGAGCAGCUUUUCACUUCCGGACUCGAUAAAACUGUCAAAGUCUGGGAUAUUCGGCAACUUUCCGGGCCCCUGAAUAUCUAUAAAACACGCACAGCUGUCCAAGAACUCGCAAUCUCCCAGCGGAAUCUCAUGGCAUUUGCCAUGGGCAAUGUCGUUGAGAUCUACAGAAAACCCUCGGCACUCUCCUCUAAAACUCCCUACCUCCGGCAACGGAUUUCCAGUCACAUUUCCGGCAUGCAAUUCUGUCCCUUCGAGGACGUCCUGGGCGUAUCCUCCUCCUCCGGAUUCACCUCCCUCCUCGUCCCAGGCGCCGGAGAGCCCAAUUUCGAUGCCAGGGAAGCAAAUCCCUUCAUGAGCCUCUCACAGCGCCGAGAACACGAAGUCCAUGCGCUCCUGGAGAAGAUCCCAAUGGAACUUAUUGGCCUGGAGCCCAACAAAGUGGCAGAAGUUGACGUUCCCACGCUCAAGGAACGCUUCGAAGCCAAACGCAGCCUGAUGCUGUCGAAAGUGCCCAAGUUUGACUUUGAGCCCAGGAAGAAGGCAAAGGGCAAGGGAGGAUCGGCACAGAGGGCCAAAAACAAGCAAAUUGUGAGGGAGGCAAAGCGGAGAGACUUCAGGAAGGAGGUUCAGGAAGUUCAGAAGGCGAUUCAGAGUGAACAUUUGGAGAAGGAUGAAGCUGGGCAGGACUUUAUCCCACUGGACACGAAGAAAAAUGUGCUGGAUAGAUUUAGGCCGAAGAAGAAGCAGAAAAGUGGACAGUAAACAAUGAAAAAAUUAAUAAAAGUUUUUAUUGAAAAAAAAA